GAUCACAUGACUUCCCUGGCUUCCAAAAUGGCGACCAUAAGUGAAGAGGUUGUUUUGGAAGGAGAAUUUUUCCUCUAUCCAAAGAAAAAAGGACUUUAUAAGUUGACUUUAACACGCCAUCGUCUCUUUUUCAGCCCUAUUUCAAACAACAGCACAACUUAUGAGGAGCAAAUUAUUCAAAUAAGUGACAUAGUCGGAUGUCAUUGUUUAGAAAAAGGAGGAAAUGUCAUACUUGCUGGCGCCGCAAUGACAGGUUCAAAUGAGCCAAACAAAACCUCGUCAAGUUUACUAGAAGCAGAUAAUUAUGAGCCUUUAGAAUUUCCAGGUCAAAAUUUCUUUAAAGUAUCUGACCCUGCAACAUGCGGAAUCGUUAUAUAUGCAUAUCCUUUCAAAAGAAAACGUUUCAGCAGUAAAAGAACUAGAUGUCGCCAAGUAAUAGCAUUUGAAGUUCCAUCAUCACCAUUAGAAGUGUUUGAAGAAAGAAAAAAAGAAGCACUGAAAUGGAAAACUGUAAUGAACAUUUUAACUAGAGAUAUCUCAAAUAGUUCAGUAGGUAAGGUGUUUUAAAGAGCUUUAACAAUUUAUAGUAUCAUUCAGAUAUAUCAUGGAUAUUCUAGUCUAGCAUACACCCCCAAGUCUUAGUUUUGUUUUGGAAAGAACCUGAAAAGUUCAAAGCCUGCUCAUAAGCAGAUUCCAUAAAAUAUAUGGGAUCCAGGGUUGCCCAUAUAUUGCUUGAGGUUUCAUUUUAAAAAUAUCAUGGGACCUAGAUUUUCCCAGAUUAGAUAUUAAUUGAGGUUUCAUUCAAACAAAUGAAAAUGACCUCACGUUUUUUUCUCUCCCUCCCACCUCCAAAUCCCACCAUCAAGACAUUUCUAAUUGGGUGCUACAGCCUAGAGGAAAGCUUCUUAUCCUUAUCAACCCUCACAGUGGCCCUGGAAAAGCUUAUGUAAUAUUCAAGAAUGAAAUUGCACCUAUGCUUUUUGAAGCUGACAUUCCUUAUAAGGCCAUCAUAACAGGUAAUACAGCUUUUCUGUCAAUGUAAUUAUAUUUGAAAACAGAAUUAUUGUUGAAAGAUAAGUUGUAGAACUUGAAAGCCUAUUAAUGUUAAAGCCUGGUUGAUGUUUUGGAUUUCAUUUAGUUUAGUCUUAAUUGUAUCCAGAAUAACAACAUCUAUCAUCUAUGUGUGAGGCAUAUUGAUAUUAAUUAUUCAUGUCUUAUUGAACCUAUGGGGGGCCAUUGUGGUGCCACAGGCAGGCUUUUUUUGUCAGAGCAAAUUUUUAUACGCUCCGGCAAAAUUAAAAAGGCGGAGGGGUGGUUUAGGAGAAUGCUAAGUGUAUUAGGAGAAAUGUGUUUAUUAUUUUCACUUCCGCAUCUUAUUAACUAGGCAUUCGAAAUUUAUGUACCAGCAGCAUGUGGGGCAACAUAGCUGGUAGAAGUAUAGGGGAUACAUUUUAAUAAAUUUUAAAAACACACAUAUUACAUUUUUGGGAGCUCAGAGCAGUAAGACAUUUUACCAGCUCAGCUCAUAAAGACACUGCUCCAGAGCUCCACUGCAGAUCCCUGGCCACAGGGCCAAUGCUAAACAGUAGGGGUGAGAAAAGGGUGCCAACAUUUUAGGUCUGUCAAAAUAUAAUUAUUUUAUGAGAAGAUUAAUGGGAGAUUGAGAUAAUUUUUAAAAUGAGUAUAAAUACAACUUGGUUAAAUUUAAGAUAUUAAAGAUACACUCUCAUUAGCGUCUUAAAAAAAAAUCUAAUGUUAAAAUUUGUUAUAUUCAUGAUUAUAGUUUUACUUUUACCUUUCAGAUAGGCCUAUGUUACUCAGAACAAAAUAAUCUAAUGAAAAUAUUCUGGGUGGAUUUAGUUUGUUUUAAGUAAUAGAUGGCGUUGUUUUGUAAAGUGCAGUAGGGCCCCUGACAUACUAAUGCUGGCCAUGUUUCAUAUUUGAUGCCUUUCGUGUAAUUUUAUAAAAUAAAAUAAAACAUGAAGCCAACAGAACAGCGGGUGUAGAGUGCAAAAGACAUGUCAGCCUCAUCAUCCAUCGGACCACCCACAGCCAAGUUCACAAUUAGCAAAUAUGAUGAUUAAGGUGGUCAUAGAUUUCAACUGAUUACACUAAUAUUUUUUAUAAAAGUUGGCUUUUUCUUGGAUUGUACAAUGACACAAAUGUAUCGCAAUAGUACUAUGUAUACGGGUAUAUAUAAGACAUUGUAUUUUGACUAAAGUUGUAGGAAGAAAUAAAACUACCAUAUUUAAAUUAUUUUGACAAAAACAAAUGUUAUCCAUUUAUUUUUUCUUAAAACAGAUCAUGCAGGUCAUGCUAGUGAAUUGUUAAAGGAAAUCAAUUUGUCAGAUUGGUAUGGAGUUGUCAUAGUUUCAGGAGAUGGACUUAUCUUUGAGGUUUGAAUAAGCUUCUCCCUUCCAUUUAGAUCAUUUAUCUCAUUAUAAUUAUAUGUAUUGUUAUUAAAGCUCAGUAGUUCUUACAAUAAUGAAAAUCAUAACUCUUAAAAUAAAAAUUAAAAGAUGUCUGCUACCAUACCAGUUUAUGUGAAUGCAACCCAUUUUAAGUUCUAGAUAAUAUGUGAACUAUCAGACGUCCUAAACUAUGGUAGAGUACCGGUACAGCAAGUAAAAAGACAGGAGCAGUCUAUUCAAACAGCGUUUUAAGUCCACAUGUUGUGUUAUACUAUGUGUUGUGUAAUACUAAUGCAAUCAGUCUAAAUUUAAUUAUUUAAAACAUAAUUAAAUAUUCUACACGUGAAAAAAUCCACAUUAUAAAUUCUCAAGAAAACUUGCUUUAAGUUUAACCUCCUAUACCGGUAUCUAAUAAUAAUAAUUCACAAGUGGCUCUUGUCCGCCCCGAUCUCAUUGCUGCGGACCACGAUGUGCUUUCAUUCCCAUCCACCCCCAACCCCAUUGACAAUGUGCAAGCCAUGCCUAAAAGAAAGGCAAAUGAAGGCACUGAGUUGAGAGAUAGAAGAGUUUUGAACACUCGUGGGAUAUUCACAAACGCCAUUUGGAAUUAUUAUUAGGGGUUGUUUGCAAAUUACGUCACGCAAAAAGUGACCUUUUUAGAACCCCCACCGCCACAAAUUCUUUUAAAGCCAAGCACCACACCCCCCACCCCCCGUGUCACAUCACACCUAACAAAAUCAAAACAAUCAUACAAUUUUCAUAACUAAACUAAGAUUUUAUUUUAUUCUUUAACAUUUCCCCAUAAUGAAUUAAGAUUUAGUAUUAAUAGAAAAAUGUGACGCAAAACAACAAAGUCAUCCACAAACCGAAUGUUAAAUGGCCACAACAGUUUUUGUGUCAUUUUUCGAUAAGCGCAAAAGGUGGGCGCAACUGUGUUUCACAGUACCGGUACUUAUAAUACCUGAGGCAAUUUGGACCUCAAAUUAAUGUUCUAAAAAUGAAUUGAAUAAAGAUUUUUAAAAAUUAUAAAAAAAAAAAAAUAAAUUAUAAAAUAAAAUUUAUUUUAAAAAUUUUGACGUCACAAAUUUUAGACCCCCCAUAAUGACGUUAUUUUUGAACAACCCCUUAUAGAUUAUGCACCUCUUCCUGUAAUAUUAUUAUUUUUUAUCCUGUUACUAAAAGGUGGGCGCAACUGUGUUUCACAGUACCGGUACUUAUAAUACCUGAGGCAAUUUGGAACUCAAAUUAAUGUUCUAAAAAUGAAUUGAAUAAAGAUUUUUAAAAAUUAUAAAAAAAAAAAAAUAAAUUAUAAAAUAAAAUUUAUUUUAAAGAUUGUGACGUCACAAAUUCUAGACCCCCCAUCAUGACGUUAUUUGUGAACAACCCCUUAUAGAUUAUGCACCUCUUCCUGUAAUAUUAUUUUUCUUUAUCCUGGUACCAGUAAUUAAAAUUAAUAAACAACUUGCUUUUACAUAUGUACUAGAAUUUAUUUAAAGUUAAAGUUUAAUUUCAAUCAUCAAUGCAAUUUUGUAAAUACUGGGAGACGAAGCAUCCCACUUUGAAGCGACUGCUCAAUAAUUUGGUUAAUUUUAAAAUUAUAUUACAGUUACAUUUAAAUUUUGUAAGUUUCCUGCAUCAGGAGUAUGGGGUACUUAAACUUAUAAUUUUUAUAAAUAUAUUUGUAUCAAUGAUCAAUCAGUUAAUGUAUAUUGGCCUGUGUUGCUUACGGUUGAAACGGGAUGAAAGACUUUGACUUGGUAUGCUCGUAUGUAGCUUUAUAUUGUUGCGUCUGUUUUUUAAAUGUGGUAAAUUUCAGAUUGUUUUAUUUCUCUUUAUAAUAUGGUUGACUUUGUACUGCGCCUCGAGCUUUUGGGGAUGAAGUGUGGUUUUCAAAUAAACUUUAUUAUUAUUAUUAUUAAUCAACAGACCAUAAAUGGCAUCAUGCAAAGAGAUGACUGGGCAUCAUCUAUAAAUAUGCCCAUUGGAUGUUUACCUGGUGGCUCUGGAAAUGCAUUAUGUUGUGCAAUUAACUAUGCUGCAGGGCAAGUAGGAUUUUUCUCAAAGGGGACAUCAAUCAAUAAUAAUAAUAUUUCCUAGCAAAAGUCAAAUUUAAGCGCCCCCCCCCCUGUUGCAACCCUCCAUGGGUUUCUAAAUGAGUUCUAACCUCCAACCCCCAUAAAAAUCAAUCUAUUUAUAAACCUCUACUUUAUGACAUCAUUCUAAACAAUUUAUUUGUAGUCAAGUCACCCCAAACUAUUGUUUCCUUACUCCUGUCGUAAGCCCCACAGAGAGGCAAUUUGAAGAUUGUAUGACAAUGCAUAGGGAAAAUAAAAGUGGGGGGGGGGGGGGGGUUCAGCCCAACGGAGGUUUUUUUUUGGGGGGGGGGGGGGAUAAAUUUUUUUUUACCUAGCGCUAAGUGAUUAAACCUAACCACGCCAUUGCUCAGGGAUGUAAGAAAUGUAUUUGCCAUUCAAAAGGCCAGGGGGUGAGUUGUGUAAAUUAAAGGUACCGGUAAUCUCCUUUGUUCAAUUUAUUAUGUAUUAUAAUACUGGUAGGCAGAGGCGUAGCGAUGGGGGGAGGCAGAUGUCCCCGGGCGCAAGCUACUUAGGGGCGCCAAAAUGUGCUUUUAUAUUAUAUUAUUGGUAAAAAUAAUGGGUUUUAGUUUUAGAGUUGAAAAAAAGAAAAGGGGCGCUUUAAAAUGGAUCUUGUCCCCGGGCGCCAAACACGCUCGCUACGCCACUGCUGGUAGGCCUACCCGGUACAAAUAUAUUUCAGUUCAGGCAACGUCAGUUUUACUGAAGGAAGUAAUUUUAAUACGGUACCAGUAAUUGAAAUUCAAUCCUUACAAUUUGUAUGCCGGAAAUGGCAGCAUGUUCGUGGUUGGGGUUUAAGUUAAGCCUAUUUACGUUUGGGAAGAUUUGUGGUAAAGCUUUCAAAAUUUUUAUUUUUGGUAGUUUCCAACCCAACCCCCUAUUGCUAGAGUAGCUGUUUGGUUCAAUCAGACGGAACAAUUUUAAUUACCAGUGCCGGUAUGACACUUCACAAAUACAUCACAAUCUAAAUAUUACCGUAAUAAUAUUACUGUUACUGUUGGGAGUUACGGUACUAGCGAGUUAUUGGUGAAAACACAGAGCAACAGUAUAGUAUAAAGAUAUAAUAAAGCCUUGUGGUACGUCAUGUCAUUGGUAUUAGUAUAGAAUAGAAAUAAUGUAUUUCAGUUUUUAAGGUGACAGUGACAGCUGGCUUUAAAAAAAAUAUUACUGGUGCCGGCAACUGUUACCGUACAUAGUACUAUUAGUUAGUUUAGAACUAAUAGUAUAGACCCAGGAUAUAUUUGUAUAGGGUAGUGUCGGCUACUGGUACCAUAAAUGCACAUGAUCCCGGUAGCAAUAUUAUUAUUGUUGCUUCCUCCCUCUAACCACUCAAUAUGGUCAGUAAAUUUUAUUCCUUUCAGGGUACAUUUAAUUUUAAUAAUAAAUAAUAUAAAUUAUUGUUGGGGUAAUUAAUAAUUAUUAAGAUGUUUACUGUUCAGUUAUUCUAUAAUACUGGAACUAAUAGUAAUAGUAUAAAGCAAUAGUAAUACUAAUAGUCAUUCUGCCAUUUGUUAAACUUUUCAACAGAGAGCCACUUGAUUCAUCCAUGGUACUACAUUCCACUUUUAUAUUGGUAAAGCACAAAGUCAUUCCCAUGGACCUUGUUAUUGUUCAAAUUCCAGACAAUACUAUUUUCUCAUUCCUAUCAGUCACAUGGGGAAUUAUGGCAGAUAUUGACUAUGAGAGUGAAAAAUAUCGAAAUCUAGGGGAGGCACGUUUCACUAUUGGAGCAAUCAAAAGAAUCCUGAGUAAAUGCUUUUUCUUAACAUUUCUUACACUUAAGAAAUCGACUGGUAACUAGAUCAGAAAUUUAUUUUUCAAGUUACAAAAAAAUCUAUCUUCUCUAAAAUUAUGAUCCUGUUAAAUUUUGAAAUGUGCAUUUGUAAUUAAAAUUAUAUGCAGCUAAGAAAAAAAAUAGAAUUCUUCACUUUAUAGCUUUGAUUAACUUAGAAAAUAAUUUCAAUAAAUAUAUAUUUUUUUUAUAUCAUUCAGGUCUGCGCACAUACAGGGGCCGUAUUUCUUUCUUACCAGUGGCAGAAUACAAUCCUCAAGAUCUCUCCAACUCUAAAAAGGUCCUUACAAAAAUCCGUAGAUUUUCCCUGAGGAGCCGAAGCAGUAGUAAAAGCACAAAUGAUUCAGCAAGCAGGACAAGUAAUUCUCCACGUAUGCUUACCAAGCGUUGCUACAGCAUGGACAACAGUGGCUACAGUGAACACCAGUUGCGAAUGGCAGAGGGGGACACAACCCAGGUUCAGGCAGAUGAAGCUCUCAACAUACAUAAUGGGAAACUUGAACUGGGCCAAGGAGAAGAGCAGGAAUCAAUGCAGAAACUUUGUGCUGGUCUUACAGUUACAGAGAAUAAACAAUUCACUGCAUGUGCAGAAGCAAAUGUGGAAGGAGCAGCAACAGCUAAUGGAUUAGAGAAUUCUAUAGAAUUGCCCCAUAACAAAUAUAACCAUGGUGGAGACGAAACUUACGAGGAACAGUAUAAAAUGACUAUCUUAUCUGAAACUCAGGAGGUUAAUGUGGAAGAGGAGACAUACCAUGGAAAGAAAUCAGACUUUGGACCAGUACCGACACCUCUCUUGACGCCACUAGACAAGGAAGUCCCAGAAAACUGGGUGAAAGUUGAAGGGGAAUUCAUACUAGUAGCUGCGGUAUAUCAGACCCAUUUGGGCAGUGACAUGCUCGCUGCUCCAGAUGCUCAUCUAAACGAUGGUCACAUUCACCUUAUGAUAGUCAGGGAAGGAAUUUCAAGAAAUGCUCUUCUCAAUCUGUUUCUAUCCUUUGGUCAAGGCAGCCAUGUGCACUCUCCAUAUGUUGAAAGUGUCAAGGUUUUAGCUUUUCGAUUAGAGCCAGAGACCUCCAAUGGUAAUAUCAUGAUUGAUGGUGAGAGAUUUGACCCCAGUCCUUUACAAGCACAAAUACUUCCUGGCCUGGCUCGAGUAAUGGCAAUAAAAUAACACAUAUUUAAGUCUCAAGUGCCUUAGGUUAAAUUUAAAUGCAAUAAUACUACUAAUACUGUUGGCGCUAAAUGCUACCACUGGAAACAAAAUAACUGAGGGUUUUUUCUUUUUUUUUUACAAUUUUAAUGGCUAAAGACUUAUGUAAUGAAAAUAUUAUAUUGUAUUUCAUAUAUAUAAAUUUGUGCCUUACAAUUUGUUGUUUUACCGAUUCUACACAAUUAGUACCGGUACUGUUUAGGCUUGCUGUCACUUUUUAUGAAACACCCAAUAAAAUUAAUAAAACUAUUAUGAACCAAAUUGAAAAAAUUAAUUUUUGGAAAAGUAUAUAUAAUAUAAAGAAUAACAAAGAACAGAAAUAACUUGAUUCCAUAAGUUUAUUAAUUAAACAGCUUAAAACACCACCAUACAAUGGCAGACCUGUGUCUAAUUUUAUGCCUUGUAACCUCUGCUCUUUCUGCGACCACGAGCACGUUCAAACUUGCGGCCUUUAGAGCGGACAAUGGGUCUGAAAAGAUUUUUUUUUAAAAGUUUUAAAGCCAAUAUAUGCAACAAUAAACUUGCAAUGACAUGGGUUCGAAUGGCAAAUAUUUUUUACAUUAUUUACCUGUAUCUUCACUAAAAAUUGAAAUAUGGAUCAUCCUUAACUUUACCCUCUGCCAUAAGCACCCACUCUUGCAUUUCUAAUUCCCACCAGCGCCUGCCUACAAUAUCGGUAUGUGGCAUGGAUGGCCAUUCUUCUACUAAAAUGAACUUCUGCACUCGCUAUUGAAGCUUUUUUUUUUUUUUUUUAAAUUUUUCUUUUUUUUUCAUCCUCUUUUAACAGGAGAGAGAUUAAAGUUCAUCAUAGCUUUCCAAGCUCAUUCACAAGAUGAAAUAAUCAGAUAUGUUAUAAUUAAUUAAAAUGAUUGCACAAGGUAAUUACGCAUCUGUAGGGUGACCAUUCCCCAUUAUAAAAAAUUCACAGAAAGUAUUUUAUAAUGAUUGUGACAUUUCAUUCUUUUUUUAUAUUUAAUAAAAAAAAAAAAGUAAAUAUUAAUGAUGUUUUAAAUUCUAUUUUAAUUACACAUUCUUAUGCCCCUUUGCUUAGAC